UAAUGUAUGUCUUGUUUCGGAUUGCGAAUUCAGAAUACAUAUCAACUUAUUUUGCUGACCAAGGAUUCCUUCCAGAUAAUACAGCCGAUGCAUGUGUUAUUAACAAGAUAAAUCUGACUAGCGGAUCCAUAUUUCUGUGUGCUUUUUAUUGUGGUAGGAACUUCCUUUGUAAUGCAUUUGACAUCUGUAACGUCGAUGGUCAACACGUUUGUCAUCUCCGCUAUGGAAAAAUGACCAAUUUUUCCAAUGCCUCUUCAAGUUGUAGACACUAUGAGAUUGAAUCGGACUUGGACUGCCCUGAUGGGUUCUUUCUACGAUCAGCAGGAAUCUGCAAAAACAAUAAUCUAGCCUUGCAUAGCUCGGUUACGAUGAGCUCCGUAUAUAAUAAUCCUGCAUAUGCCUUCCAGGGCCAUGGCGAUGGUAGUCUUGUAGUGGAUGGAAAAGUGAAAUCUAAUGACACUGAGUGCUCUUUGACGAACGCUGACCUCCAGCCUUGGUUUAUAAUAGAUUUACUGGACCACUUCUACGUCAGACGAGUUAUUUUUGUGAACAGAAAAACUUCUGAAUGGCGUCUGCAUGAUUUGAACGUGACUGUAGGAACAAACAACGUGACCUUCCCCUGCUUCUGUGGAUUUUUCAGCGGUCCUGGAACGUCUCAUCAGAAGGUGGACAUGGUGUGUGCAGAAACCUGUAGAGGGCGCUACGUACGUCUACAAAUUACCUCCCCUGCUGCGGAGCAUUUACAGCUAUGCGAAGUGGAUGUCUACAGUGAUUGCAAUAUCUAACUUUAGCCUCAUUGUACUUACCCUUUACAAAACAGUAAAUUAUAGUUCACCGUAGUUAAUCAAAGUCUCGAAGUUUUUCCCAUUAGUGAAUCAACGUGUCAGUUUUUUCCUGUACUUUUUUUGAUGUGGAAUUUUAAUUCUAUAUUAAUUUUUAAAAUUUUCAGAUGCGUUUCUUAUUAUAUAUCAA